GCCUACACGUCGAUCAUAAAAUUACCAAAAUGCCCCGGCGGCAAUUGCUGCUCUUCCCCCUCCCCUUCCAGGGCCACAUCAACCCCAUGUUCGCGCUCGCCGCCCUCCUCCACUCCCGUAGCGGCGGAGGCGAUGGGGUCGACUUCUCUAUCACCAUACUCCACACAACAACACACCCCAUAACUUCCCCCAUGCAUCCGUCCUACCGCUACGUGUCCUUGGCGCCCGUCGACGACGAACUUUCGAAUAGCAACUGCGACCGCGAGCUCCCCCCGAUCGACGAAGACGCUGCAAUGCACAUCUUCCACCUCAAUGCGCGAUACCAAGCAUCGUUCCGGGACCGGGUGUCGGCGAUGCUGGAGGACGCCGAAGAGGAGCCGGUUGCGUGCGUGAUCGCCGAUGCGCACUGGUUCGCGGUGCAUGCGGCGGCAAGGGGGCUCGGCGUCCCCAGCGUGGCGCUGCGCACUGGAAGCGCGGCGAGCUUCUGCAGCUUCUUGGCGUACCCGCUUCUCAUGCAGAAGGGGUAUAUUCCGGUCAAAGUUUCGGUACAAGAAUCUCAAUUAAACGAGGCAGUGGAGGAGCUACCCCCGCUGCGUGUCCGAGACCUGUUCCGCAUGGACGAGGGCGACCCGGGCUUGUUCGCGGAGCUGCUAGCGAAAGUCGUCGCCGGAGUCCGAAACUCCUCGGGCCUCAUCCUCAACGCCGCCGACUCCAUGGAAUCCGCCGAGGUCGACAAAAUUCGGCGCGAACUUGCCCAUAUUCACGUCUUUGCCAUCGGGCCCCUCCACAAGUUCACACCCCACGCCGCGCAGCCCGGACAGCUUCCCCCCGACCGCACCUGCCUCGCUUGGCUCGACGCGCAGCCCGCGGCCUCGGUCGUGUACGUCAGCUUCGGGAGCUUGGCCUCGCUUCCUGGAAAGCACUUCGUCGAAAUGGCGUUCGGGCUCGCGCUCAGCGGCCGCGCUUUCCUGUGGGUGGUUCGCCCCGGCUCGGUCCGUGGGCCCCGCGGGGGGGCGGUCGAAACUAAGUUGCUGGAAGGAUUGGAGGAGAUGACGCGUGGCAGGGGAAGGGUGGUGGAGUGGGCCCCGCAGCAGGAGGUGCUGCGGCACCGCGCGGUGGGCGCGUUCUGGACGCACUGCGGCUGGAACUCGACAUUCGAAGCGAUCUCCGAGGGGGUGCCGCUGAUCUGCGCGCCGCGGUUCGGGGACCAGAUGGGGAACGCGCGGUACGCGACGCGCGUCUGGGGGAUCGCGGCGGAGGUGGAGGGGGGGCGCUGGGAGCGGGGGAGAAUCGCGGCGGUGAUCAAGGCGGUGAUGGAGGGGAGAGAGGGGAGGGAGAUUCGCGAGAGGGCGAGGGAGUUGAAGCAGAAGUUGGCGGUCAGCGUAAGCCGAGAGGGGUCUUCUCAUGCGGGCGCAGAGAGGUUGGUGGAUUAUUUGAAAUCUUUGUGA